CAAUUUUUUUUUUUUUUUUUUUUUUGGUUUCCUCUUGUAUAUAUAUAUGCACACGCUAUUACCGCGACAACAAUGGAGACCUAGGUAGAGAGAGAGGAGGAGGAGGAGGAGGAGGAGGAGGCGAUUGCGAGAAAAAUGGACGCCUCAGCCGCGGCGACUCCCCUGCACCUCGACUUCUACGGCUUCCUCAACCGCCUCCGCCGCCCCGGCGCGGCCGAUCUCGUCGGCGCCGUGAAGAGCUUCCUUGUCUCCUUCUCACUUUAUGCACCUGAUGCUGAAAGCGACAGCCGAAGGGUACAAGAUUUUCUUUUGACUAUGGAAAGAACUAUUAAGCAACAUCCAUUAUGGGCUAACGCUCCAGAUGAAGAAAUUGAUAGUGCUAUCGAGGGUCUAGAAAAAUAUGUCAUGACAAAGUUAUUUGAUCGCACAUUUGGAUCCUCUACUGAGGAUGCUAAGUUAGACGUGGAGAUCUCAGAGAAAAUAAGGCUGUUGCAGCACUUCGUCAAGCCUGACCACUUGGAUGUGCCGAUAGACUUACAGAAUGAAGCAUCGUGGCUGUUUGCAGUAAAAGAGUUGCAGAAGAUAAAUGCUUUCAAAGCUCCUCGUGAAAAGCUUCUGUGUAUUAUGAAUUGUUGCCAAGUAAUCAACAAUUUAUUGCUGAACGUGUCAAUGACAACGAAUAGUGCUCCAGCUGGGGCUGAUGAAUUUCUGCCUAUUCUAAUUUAUGUUACCAUAAAGGCCAAUCCUCCUCAGCUGCACUCGAACCUGAAAUAUGUUCAGCUCUUCAGGAGGAGGGAAAAGCUUGUGUCUGAGAUGGAGUACUAUCUCACGAAUCUCUUCUCAGCAGAGAUGUUUAUAACAAAUAUCAACGGUAGCUCACUUUCUAUGAAAGAGAGUGAGUUUCAAAAGAGUAUGCAAGCGGCAAGAUUCGCCAAUGAAGUGGGUGAUCCUUACAGUGUGCCGGAGCUGGCUAAAGUUGAUCCUCCUAUCAUGACAAGACAUGGCAAGGAGAUUCAUCUUGGAGGUUCUAAUAAAUAUCCUUUCAUGGAAAGAGAUGCAGAGGACCUGACUCGCGAGGAUGUAAAGAUGUUGCUCGGGUUGUAUAAGCAACUAGUGACCAAGUACACUCGGCUCUCUGAAGCUUUGAGAAGGCACUCUCUAGAUGAAGAUCUGCUCAUACACACGGCUAGGGACUUGACCAGAAGAGUUCCAUCGAAAUCAAUUGUGAAAGAUAAAAAGUAACACAUCCAAAGAAACGCAAGUCUACUUCUGCGCUAACCAGGGAAAUAGUUUUAAGUAUCAUACAUGAAGAAACAAGGAGGGGUGGGUUCGAUAAAGGCCAAAACAACUUAUUACAAAGGCCUGAGCUCUCUCUUCCUUUUCCUUCGCUCUCUCUACAGACUCUAUGUACAAUGUUAGCCGACGGUCGUCAACCGCCCAAACCUCCCAGCAACACUAGACGCUGAUUCAAUCUCA